AUGGCAGACCCCUCGAUGUACAACUUCUUCAACCAGCCUUCUUCAGCUCCAAAACCCACCAAGAAACAGCCCCAAAGAGCUUCACCAUCUGCUCCUACGAGGCUUUUCCAAUGCCUUUACUGUCCAAGAAAGUUCUACACUUCUCAAGCUCUUGGAGGUCACCAAAAUGCUCACAAGCGUGAACGAGCAGCAGCUCGAAGAAAGUUCCCCGUUGAUCAGCCCCAGCAGUUCAACCUCCACCCACAGAACCCUUAUACCCGCUUCCCUGCUGAGCCCCCUAUGGACCACCCUGGUGCACCAUAUCUUGACCAGUGGCUCGAGCCCUUUCCAUUCCCACCAUCCCUCUGGUGGGUUGGUCCCUCAGGGUUUUCUGGUGCUUCUUCACCUGAGACUUUCUCUCCAUCCACUGAUGUUGAUGACUCUGCAAAUGUUGACCUCACUCUCCGUUUAUAA